AUGACAGUACCAACAACUAUAACAAUUUCCCCUAGUGGCACCAACCCGGGAAGUGUGGUUAUAGUAAAGCCCCCAUCAAUCGCACCAUAUAUUACAGUAACUCAACCGAUCGGAGGCUCUAUUACAGCACCUACGACAGUUACCAUCCCUCCUAGUGGAACAAAUCCAGGCAGUUACGUUAUUAUUACUCCUACUACUGGAGCAGGACUUCCCUGUAUCACCGUCACCCAGCCAAUUGGAGGCUCUUUUACAGCACCUACAACCGUCACCAUCCCUCCAAGUGGAACGAAUCCUGGUAGUUAUAUUAUUGUAACACCGACUGGAACAGGAUUACCAUACGUCACCAUCACCCAGCCCGUUGGAGGGUCUAUCACGGCACCUACAACAGUUAUUAUUCCCCCUAGUGGAACGAAUCCGGGCAGUUACGUUAUUAUCACGCCAACUUCUGGAACUGGUCUUCCCUAUAUCACCAUCACGCAGCCCGUCGGAGGUUCUAUUAUAGCACCUACAACAGUCAUCAUUCCUCCUAGCGGCACCAAUCCAGGCAGUUACAUUAUUGUAACACCCACGGGAACAGGACUGCCUUAUAUCACAAUCACCCAGCCCGUCGGAGGUUCUAUUACAGCACCUACAACAGUGAUUAUCCCCCCUAGUGGCACUAAUCCAGGCAGUUACAUUAUUGUAACACCAACAGGAAGUGGAACAGGGCUGCCUUAUAUCACAAUUACCCAGCCUGUCGGAGGGUCUAUUACAGCGCCUACCACGGUCAUCAUUCCUCCUAGCGGCAGUAACCCAGGCAGUUAUGUUAUUAUAACGCCUACAGGAACUGGAACAGGAUUGCCAUAUGUCACAGUCACUCAGCCCGUCGGGGGCUCUAUUACAGCGCCUACAAUAGUUAUUAUUCCCCCAUCUGGUACUAAUCCAGUUAUCCAGCCCAUCGGGGGCUCUAUUACAGCGCCUACAACAUUUCUUAUCCCCCCCAGUGGCACUAUUCCUGGAACUGGAACCGGGUUGCCAUAUGUCACAGUUACCCAAAUCAUCGGAGGCCCGAUUACAGCGCCUACUACGCUUCUUAUCCCUCCAAGCGGCACCAAUCCUGGUAGUUACGUUAUUAUAACGCCUACUACUGGAACCGGAUUACCAUAUGUAACAAUUACCCAGCCUGUGGGAGGCCCAAUUACAGCGCCUACAACAUUCCUCAUCCCUCCCAGCGGCACCAAUCCUGGAACUGGAACCGGGUUGCCAUAUGUCACAGUCACCCAACCCGUCGGAGGCCAGAUUACAGCGCCUACAACGUUCCUCAUCCCCCCCAGCGGCACCAAUCCUGGUAGCUAUAUUAUAGUCACGCCUACUACUGGAACCGGGUUACCAUAUAUAACAGUUACCCAGCCUGUCGGAGGCUCGAUUACAGCGCCUACUACGCUUCUAAUUCCUCCAAGCGGCACCAAUCCUGGUAGUUAUGUUAUUGUAACGCCCACAGGAAGUGGAACAGGACUGCCUUAUAUCACGAUUACCCAGCCUGUCGGAGGCUCGAUUACAGCGCCAACUACGCUUCUUAUCCCUCCAAGCGGCACCAAUCCUGCCUGUCGGAGGGUCGAUUAUAGCGCCAACUACGCUUCUUAUCCCUCCAAGCGGCACCAAUCCUGGUAG